AUGACACAAUUCGCCAACGGCGCCGGCUUCGCGCAACCAUUCGCCAACAAUUUCGGCGUCGCCAUUCAACCGACGAAUCGCUAUUUGGUGCAGGAACCUCUUGGAAAGCGGCCAUUCCCUUCUGAUUUGGAAUCGGAAAUGGAAUAUGUGCCACGCGCGAAGCGACGAUUCGAUAAAAUCAGCGCGUGCCUCGAGAACUUCUCGAUUUCCAAAGAGACUCCGACGAACACCAACGAGCUUUUAAUGGACUCUUCUUCCGACGAUGACAAUGAUGGUAUGGAAGAGGAGAUGAUCGACAUCGAUGCUUGCACCUCACAAUCGGAGCCGAUUAUAUCCGAGCCUGACGACGAGCCGCUCACAUUGAAGAAGCUCAAGCUCGACGACAGUUUGAAGUCGUUCCUCGAACGAGCCAAACAAUCACCCGACGCCUUCCUUCCUCAUAAAUCGCCGAAGCGCGGUGAUGAGGUCGUUCUAUGGAAUCCUCGACUCAUUCUGACGCCGAAGAACGAGGUGAACAUGUCAGGACGAAUCACUGAAAUCUCCGAGGAGGACGAGAAGCAAAUCGAAGAUGAGAAUCGCAGGAAACUCAUCGAAACUGAAGGAAUGCUCGACGAUGAGCAAAUCAAUGAGCUGAUGGCGAGCCACGGCAUCGUUGAAUUCAGCUCAUCGGACGGAUCGAACAGUGAUAUGGGUAGCUCGUGCAGCUCGCCGAGCUCGCAAAUUGUGGAAAUCGAUGAUAUCAACACGCGCGAGUGCAACACACCAACGAGUUUGACGAACGGAAGUGUCAGCGAUGAAGAUAUCAUGGAAUUUGACGAGUACUGA